ACCACUGUUCCUGAAACCUGGUCAGAGCGGAAGUAAGGACUGGUGUCAGGAGGGAGCUGCUAGGUGGCAAAGGGAAGAGCCCUCAGGAUAGGUUCUAUCUGUGAAGCCUGUCCUCAAGGAUGGACAGUUCUCACGCUACAAGGUCCUGUGUGCUCAUCUUUUUUGUGGCCCUACUCUGUGCAGAAAGAGCUCAGGGGCUGGAGUGCUACCACUGCCCAGAUGACCCACGAGAGUCUUCCUGCAAUACCACAACCUGCCCCUUCCCUGAUGGAUUCUGUGUUACUCAGGAGGCAGAAAUUAUUGUGGACUCUCAAAGAAGGAAAGUAAAGAGCCAUCAGUGCCUUUCUUACUGCCCUACUGAUCUUGAAAAUAGCCCGAUCAAGGAUCCUAAGGUCAAGGUGAAGAUUUCCUGUUGCCAGGAAGACCUCUGCAAUGCAGCAGUUCCCACUGAAGGCAGCACCUGGACCAUGGCAGGGGUGCUUCUGUUCAGCCUGAGCUCAGUCCUCCUGCAGACCUUGCUGUGAUGGUCCUUCCAACAACCCUCACCCUUGUCCUUUUAUCCUCAUGUGCAACCACUCUUUCCUGGAGUCCUCUAGUGAUGAAUUAUGAGUUAUAGAAGCUCCAAGGUGGGAGUACUGUGUGGAACACCCUGUUUUACCUUUAUAGCCCCUGCUGGGUAGGUGCCCCACUCCUCUCUAAGGCUUUCAGAUCUGUACUUCCUGGAAUGUUAUUUUGUUGUGGCUUGCAAUUCCUGGCCCUGGAGGCAUGUGGCCAGCACAGGCAUGAGCCAGUAUUCCAAGGUGUUAUGCCAUCACCAUCCACACAUAAGUAUCUGGAGUCCUGCAGGGUUCCGAUGUGUGCUGGUCAAUGUCCCCCUUUUGAGUCCAAUAAACCCUUUAUUCUCCCA